AUGUUGAGUUCAGGUGACGGAGGUAACAUCGUUAAAUUGCGUGGGCUGCCUUUCUCAACUACAAUCGACGAUGUCUUGGAAUUCCUCAGUGGCGUCAAUGUUUUGAAUGGAAAAGAUGGUGUCCAUUUCACUGAGGUACGCCCGGGGCGUCCAUCGGGCGAAUGUUUUGUUGAAGUAGAAAGUCAAGAAGAUGUAGAAGAAGCGAUGAAGAAAGACAAAGAAAAUAUGGGCAAGAGAUAUAUAGAAGUCUUUUCUACGGACCGUCAAGACAUGGAAUGGGCACUUAAUGCUAUGAAGCAAUCUGAAAACGGCUUUGAUUCCUUACCUAGUGUCAAUGAUGACAUGGGUGUGGUCAAGCUGAGAGGUCUGCCCUUUGGCUGUUCAAAGGAUGAAGUCAUACAGUUCUUUGACGGGAUCCAAGUGGCCCCGGAGGGGGUGCACUUGCUAUCGGACCACACGGGGCGGGCCUCGGGCGAGGCGUAUGUUUACUUCGUUGACAAACAGGGCGCUCAAGACGCUCUCGGCAGGGACAGGGACAAAAUAGGACACAGAUAUAUAGAGGUAUUUCUGAGUUCUCCUGAUGAAGUGAGAGCGUACGCGUCCAGAAUAGAUGGAGGUAGUUUCCGUUCCAGCAGAGGGUACAGGCCUACCCCCUACGACAGAAACGAUCGAUUUGGCGGAGGUCGUUUUGGUUCCAGGGGUGGCAGAAGUGCUUUUGGAAGAGGCGGUGGCGGAAGUGGCGGUGGGGCAGGUUACGGCGGGGCUCGAGGGGGCAUGCGCAGGAGCAGCGGAAUGCAUUGCGUGCACAUGCGUGGACUUCCCUUCAAAGCGACACCGCAGGACAUUGCUUACUUUUUCAAGCCGAUUCGCCCCGUGGACAUUUCGAUCUUGUACGACAGCAGCGGACGGCCCUCUGGCGAGGCGGACGUCGAGUUUGAGUGCCACGACGACGCCAUGAGGGCGAUGAGACGAGACAAAAACAACAUGGACCACAGAUACAUAGAGUUGUUCUUGAACUCGUCGCCGGGGGGCGGUGGAGGCGCCUUCAAGUCCAACAGGAACUUCCGGAGCUACUGA